AUGUUGGACAAAGAGAAAGAGUCUCAACAUGUUCAGGAAAAAUAUGUCGUUAGACCAGCUCCACUUCAGGCUCCUCCUGCUCAUGUGGAACUGCAAAAUGGCCAGAAACACAUUCUGAAUCGGUUGCUUUGGAUGCAAAUAUUUGCUUAUCUUAAUGAAAGUGAUUUAAGCAUGUGUAUGGCAGUGUGUAAAACUUGGAAUUGGUGGUGUUUGGACAGGAAGUUGUGGACAACUAUUGACUUGUCUCGCAAACGUCUCAAACAAGUACAUUUAAUAGGCAUUGUGAAAAGACAGCCAGCUAAUUUGAUUUUAGUUUCAAGUGUCAUAUCCCAGAAACAACUUGUUUGGUUAGUUGCACGUCUCCCACGACUUCAAAAACUUGAUCUGACAUAUUGCUCUUGGGCAACAGUUUGUGGUCUGUGUUCAUCCUCCUGCCCAUUGUUACGAACUCUUCUUUUGAAAUGGGCAGUAGGAAUUCGUGAAAAUUGUUUUAGAGAUUUAGUGCUGCCACCUGUUGAUGGUAGACCUGGAGUUCUGGAUGUAAGUCGAUUAAGCCAUCUGCGAAAUUUGGAUCUAUCUGGUUGUGAAAUUACAGAUCAGUCCCUGGAACUAAUUGUACAGCAUAUGACAUUUCUGGAAAAACUUGGACUAAGUUACUGUAUGAGACUAACUGAUGCUGGGAUUGAGACCCUAUUUGGAGGAUCUAAUCCAUUGACCUCAACCAUCAAAGAAUUGGAUCUAUCUGGCUGCAAUCAGCUUACUGAUAUCAGCGUAGCUUUCACUUUCAAAUCAUGUUCAUCUUUAAUGUCAUUGACUUUCAAAAGCUGUCCCAAAAUAAAUCGGCUGUCUAUACAGAAGUUUGUGGACACUUUCAGUCCUAAAAAAUUGAUCAUGAAUUCUACCGAAAUGAAAAUCAUAGUAAAAACUUAA